UUCUUUUGAUAGGAGGUGAGUUAUAUUGAAUACUUCUGUGGGCAGCUUUUCAUAAUUGAGCACUUCUUUUCUUCUUUUUCCAAUCCUCAUUUUAUUGAUUAAUUAUUUAAUUUUCAAAGAAUUUUUGUAACUUCUAAAUCCCCAUCCAAGAAGCUGUGAAACAGAUAAAGGAUGCAUCAAGAGCUACAGAAAAUCACAGAGCAAAUAGAGGAAAGAAGAUUGGAUCGAGAUUCGCUUGUUGCAAGCCUCAAGUUUCUGAGAUAUAAUGAAAGAGAAUUCAAAAGAUCUGCAGCAUCAAAUGGGAAUAAACUUGCUUCUCUCAAACAAGAAUUAGACAAGCUGAGUUUUGCCAACAAUGCUUAUCAAGACAGAUCUAUAAUUUCAUAUCCAUCCGAGCAAAAGAUUAAUGUUCAUGUAAGAAUAUAUAAAUAUAACAGAAGGAAUCUGAAUUUCUUGAUGAGACAUGGCCGAGCCAGCAGCUCUAUUGAGGAAAAGCAGCUAUUGAAAGAAAUCAAUGAGAAGAACAGGCGAGGAACCGGUUCUUCAUGUUUGCCAAUGGAGGAGCUCAAUGCCAAUAUUCGGUUCUUGAGCCAUCGGACACACCCUUAUCAUGGACGCAAGCUACAUGAGAUACAAGAAAUCCAAAGAGAGAUGACAAAGAUUCAAUGGUCAUGGGAAAAAGCAUUUGCCAAUGUCCCAGUGAAGGGAAAAACUUGGAAUACUUUACCUUCAAAACAAGCUAUAAAGGAUCAAAUUAAGGUGGUAGAAAAUGAAUCAGAUAAAUUAAGGAAAGAACACUUGGAAAUCAGAGCAAAGACCAAGCUAGUAGGCACAAAACUGAAAGCAGUAGAAAAGGAUAUAACCUUUUUAAGGAAGCGUGUGCAGAAAACAAAGCAUGAGCUGCAGCCAUCCAUUUGUAAACAUUGAAAUUUACAUGACAUCAUAUGAUGGAUCCAAUUAAAAUACUGUACAGCCCGUGGAAAUGACAAAAUUUGACCAACAAAAGAGUUUCAAUUAAUGGUCAGAUAUAUCUUGUAUUAUGUCUUCUCUGCACUCAUCUCUUUCUCCUUUCUGAACAUGCACAUCUUCUUAAAUAACUUCAUAAAGGUAAGCAUAAGUCAAUUAAUGAGCUUCUCUUCGGCUCUUAUUUUUUUAACGACUCUUUCGCUCGUUAAGGUUGAAGCAUGUUAGACGAACCAAUGUUCUCAACUUGAAUGAAGGAACGUAAAACUUACAAUCAUAGUUAAAAAAACUCUCAC